AUGGCAGAAGACGUGCGCGAUCGUCCCGAGGCCCUGGCAUGCCAGCUUUUUGGUCUCAUUAUCACCACCGCCGACGUAGAGCCGGAAGAUGAGGAAGAUCCCCCCCGUUGGUUUAUUCACUCGCCUUACGAGGAGCCGGAGCACCAACUCGAUCUGCACACUCUCGACCACGAGAACGCACUGGUCGCCCAAGCACUGGCUCGCAUGAAGAACACUCGGCCGGACUAUGCCACCGCUCCCUACACCGAGUCCUUCAACUGGGACGAGGUCUUCGGGGAACUCAAGCACCUGGUGCGGAAGUCGGGCAAGCCUUUCAGGGAGACGUCCUUCUACGUCGUGGCCUUCCGGUCACAGAUCCCGCCUACCACCAUCUACGCCGACCUCGGUGCACUGGAUAAGGAUGCUCAUCGCGAAGCCAAUGCCGUUGGGGGAUUUCUGAAGUAUUGGUUCGGGGAACCGACCGCCGAGGGCCGGAACCUGGCGACCUGUUUCUGGCGAUCGCGGGGAGAUGCUGUCAGGGCAGGACAGGGCCCGGCUCAUCGGAAGGCCGCGAGGGCUACGGCGUCCAUGUAUUCGUUUUGGAGGAUUGACCGCCACAAACUGACCGUCCGCGAGGGUGCCGAGAGCUUCGAGUUUAUCGACUGGGAGGACUGA